AUGAGACUGUCCACUCUUUCGAGUCCCAAGGCAUUGUCAGCCGUCUUCUUGGCACUCCUUUCCUCGGCCGAGCUGGCCCAGGCACGACCGGAUCCGAAGAUAUACUCCAAGACGGAAUGGUCCCACAACCGCGGCAAGAAAGUGGCACGCACCGCGAUCCGACGUGCCCUCGAGAAACACUCUGUCAAUGAGACGAUCGUGAGCCCUGGUUUCAACGGAGUCACACCAUAUGAGACUACGGCCCCAUACGAAAAUGUCUGGGGAGGGCUGGCAGAUGAAGAGGCUGCCUCUGUCAUUGCCUGGCUUUUCUCCCAGACUGCGCUCAACCUGACGGUCUCUGAAAAUGCCACGAAUUGGGACAACUCCAUUGUCCUCAUCGAAUUGCAAGUCCCUAACAAGACCGACGUACUCGCCCACAUUGACGGAGGCGCUGAAGCACCCGCUCGAUUUGCACACGUUGUUCUUGAUACCCGUGCUACAGUCGAUCCCUACUUCCAGGACCUUCUCGUCGGGCCGCUGCCCAUUGACAACACCACCACUUACCAGCCCUUGGAGUUUCCUCUCACGCGCAAGACCGAGGGCAAGGUCCGGAACCUUGCGGCAGACGAGGCCAGGUUGUACCCCGACUGGCUGUGGGUAGUCAGUGCCCAGGUGGCCGACAUUACUCUCGACCUUUGGAACGCCACUGCUCUUGGCCUCGAUAACGAUACCCUAGCCAUCCACGGCAUCGAUCCCAUGUGGCAGGACGAUGGCCACGUUGUGCGCUGGGACUGCUUCUCCUUUUACCCUGCAGGUCAGUUCGACACCUCGACCCUGCUGCCGACCGGACUGUACUUCAAGAGCGACGUGACGGGCCGCGACUCGAGCGAGUGGAAGGUCCUGGGCUGGCUCUACGACGACCAGUACUUUGAGACCACCGAGGCCUUUCGGGAAGCGUACUGGAGCGGCGCCCUGCCCAAGAUGCUGCCCAACGUCGAGGGCGCCUGGGCCCGCACCGACCCCAUCGACCCGGGUCUGCCCUACGACACCAGCUACCCGCCGACCAUGAUUGCGCCGUCGGGCCCGCGGUUCGCCGUCGACUCGGAGCGCAAGUACGUCGAGUGGAUGGGCUUUUCCUUCUUUAUUGGCUUCUCGCGCGACACGGGCAUGGCUCUGUAUGAUAUCCGCUACAAGGGCGAGCGCAUAUUGUACGAGAUUGGCCUGCAGGAGGCGUUGGCACACUAUGCUGCCAGCGAUCCCGUGCAGUCGGGUGUCGCGUAUCUGGACUCGUAUUAUGGUUUCGGCCCCUAUGCAUUUGAGCUUGUACCCGAGUACGACUGUCCCGCCUAUGCCACGUAUCUCAACUCGACUUUUUACGUCGACGAGACGACCCAUACACACUUGAAUAGCAUCUGUCUGUUCGAGUAUACUGCCGACUACCCGAUCCAGCGUCACAGUACCGCCGAUUACGUGAGCGCCACCAAGAACACGUAUUUCGCCGUCCGAUCGGUUUCGACAGUGGGCAACUACGAUUACAUGUUCACUUAUAGUUUCUUCCUGGAUGGCUCUAUUUCCGUCGAAGUCCGGGCUUCGGGUUAUAUCCAAGCCACCUACUCCACGACUGGCUCUGAAGACUUUGGAUUCAAGAUCCAGCAAGCGCUCAGCGGAAGUAUGCACGACCACGUGUUGAACUUCAAGGCCGAUUUUGAUAUUGCCGGGACCGACAACACGGUCCAGCUCAUGACCAAUGUCCCCGUCUCGCGCGUGUAUCCGUGGUCCAACGGCCAGGUCCGGAAUACAAUGCAGGUACAGCGGACUUUUAUCGAGGACGAGUCCGAGUCUCGCUUCAACUGGGCUCCCAACUCGGCCCAGCAGGUUCUGGUCGUGAACCAGGACCAGCCGAACCAGUGGGGCGAGUACAGAGGCUACCGCGUAGCCCCCAUGUCUGGUGGUCUUCACUUGACCGUGGAAAACUCUAGUGAUUUGGUCAACGCGGCUCACUGGGCUGAAUACGAUAUCCAGGUUACCAGACAGCACGAUUACGAACCUAGAUCUGCACACCCGUACGCUUCGCAGGACCUGUACAAUCCACCCAUUGAUUUCUCUGAGUUCUUCAAUGGCGAAAGCUUGAACCAAGAGGACUUGGUCCUGUGGUUAAAUCUGGGAAUGCACCACGUACCGCACACUGGAGACUUGCCCAACUCCAUGUUUACAGUCGCCCACGCCGGAGCAAUCUUCUCGCCGAGCAACUACUUCGACACCGACCAGAGCCGGCAGACAGUGAACCAGGUGCGCAUCAACUACGCCGAUGGGGCCGCAGCCGAGGUGCAGACCUUUGGGCAGAAGGAUGAUUCUUUCGAGCUCGACUUUACCCCCGUCGAGUACGACCUUUGGCAAUAUAAGGGCGACGUGGUGGUCCGCAAGUUCCCUUACGAUCCUAACAACCCCUUUUUCGAGACGGACGGCGAGUAA